AUGGCUACAAAGGUUUGGAUGAAUUUGUUCCCAUACUAUUACAACACCCACCUCCCUAGAUCCAAAUCUAAUCAUCAUCCCAUUAUUUUAGAUUUUAAUUCUGAUCUAUAUCAGCAAGUCAAAAGGAAUCCUAACGAUAAGCCUAAAAGAUUUGAAAAACUAUGGAUGGAAAUUCCUAAUAUUAAAGACAUGAUCAGUCAAAUCUGGAAUGGAAACUCUAAUGAGGGUUCUAUGAACAAGCUCCACUACACCCUAUAUGCUUUGUGGGAUUGGGGUAAGACCAAGUUUUCCAAUCCUACUAGGGAGAUUAAUAAUCUUAACAUAACUGUUAAAAUCCUACAGGAUUCCAAUCAUCAAAAUAAGAACAUCAAACAAAUCAGUGAGAUCCAAUAUAAGAUAGAUAAAGUUAUCCAUCAUAAAGAAAUAUGGUGGGCUCAAAGGGUUAUUAUUCAUAGCCUUAGAGAUGGAGAUAGAAACACUAAGUUUUUUCAUCAAAAAGCCAACCAAAUGAGAAGCCAGAACAUGAUAAAAUCUAUUAUUAAACCCAAUGGUGAUAUCAUUUACAGAGAAGAUGAAAUUCAUGAUACUAUAAUGAAGUACUAUAGAGAGAAAUUCAAAGAUGAGAACUUAACCCAUUCCUUUGAGUGCUUUAAUACCUAG